AUUUUUAGCAAAUGUAGAAUUGUUGCGACUUGUGAACUCUGGGGAGUUAAUCCCAAGCCAAGGCUCAGGGAAAAUUCCGUGUUCCCUCGCCCUCCUAAAAUUGCCUUUUCUUCUUCCUCCUCUCUAACUCCAUUUCUCUGCAAACCCUUCGCUUCUCGCCAAACAAAACCCACAGGAACCCAAUAGAGCUUAACAGUAAGCACCCUAUAAAUCCAUAACCAUAAUAAUUAUAUUUCUCAAUAUUAUUAUUAAUUAAUAAUAACUGUAAUUCUUGAAAGCAAGAAAAAGGGGGAAAAAAAAAAGAGAAAAAAAUAGAACCGGCAUGGAUGCGUUCCAACAGCACAACCGCUACAUGAGGCCACCGCCACCUCCACCGCCGGCGACGGUGGAUCCCUACCACCACCAACACCAUCAGCAACAGCUUCCGCCAAGACCGCCGGUGCCUCCGCAGGGUUCGUGGUAUUCGAACCAGUUCCAGUAUCACUCUUCACAGUCCCCUUCGCCUCCGCCUCCGCCGCAGUGGGCUCCAUCACCACCUCCACAGCCUCAUCCUCACUCCGAACAUCUUGCUCCCCCUGGUUCUUCUUAUCAUCCUCCUCCUCCUCCUCCUUCGCAACUUCCUUAUCCUGCGCACCCUGUUCACCACAGCCAGUUCGCUCCACCACCUCCCCCUCCUCCUCGGCCUCAUGUGCCUCCACACUUUCCUCCUCCUCCUCCUCCUCCUCUUCCUCCUCCUCAUUCUCAGAUUCCUCAGUCUUAUCCUCAGCUCAAUCAGGAGUGGGGAACUUCAAAUUGGGGGCAUCAGCAUCACCAAGUUUGGGAUUACUCAGCUCGUAGCAAUGAAGAAGAUUGGGCUGCCAAGGCUAGAGCAUGGGCAGAUGCUAAAGCAGCUAUGGAGAAUCAGAAUCCACAGUCGCAGUUUACUCCUGUUGGCAGACUGGAAGAGCAAAGUCAUUAUCAUGAACAAUAUCCCCAGUCUGUUGAUUCUCAUCGUCCUGAAAUUCAGCAUCAGUCUCACACUGCUUCAUGUUACCAACAUGCUCCAGUUUCAGCUGUACCUCCGCACCAGCCACCAGUGGUUCAUCCCCUUGAGACUACAUCUGGCAGCUCUGAACCAUCUUCUUAUGCUCCGGAGGGAUAUCUGCAUCACACUGUUAGAGAUGAAACUUCGUCUGCAGAUCCAAAUGUUAUGUUUCAUCAUGGAGAAAAUCUGCCUACAAGUUCAUCUGUUCAUCAGCAGGAGGUACCUUCUAGUUAUUCUUCUAUUACAGGAAAUGAAGGGACUUUAGAGCAGAGUGAGCAGUUGCACAAAUUGUUGCCUUUGCCAAAUUCCUCAUCUCAGGAAGCACACGCCCACUUACAAGGAUUGCAACAUAUGCCUCUUGCAGACCAGCCUUUAGAUUUUGCACCUAGGUAUAAUCAUGAUCAUGACCCGCAUAUGCAAUCAAGCUAUGGUUACCAUGAUUCUGUUGCACCAAUUAGAGGCAUGGACCCUGGUGCCAUUGCGCCGUCUAUGAACAGUUGGACUGCUCCUGUCGCACCUGGUGUAGCUUAUCCUCCUAUGCCUCCGGUUAUGCCAUCGGGGCCACAGCAUGAUUCUUCACUAGCCAUGCCUACUUCUGCUCCAGGCCAUGCUGCACCUCCAUUUAGCAGUUUUCCUGGAUCAGGUCUUCCACCAACUAUUCCAUCUGCUGCUGCACCCUUUUCCCUCGGUGCAGGAGCUGCUCUUCACCCUUCUACAGCUUUCUCUGGUGAUACAUAUGGAAUUUCUAGUGUUUCAGAACGGCCUAAAAAGGCUUCAGUGCCUAAUUGGCUCAGAGAAGAAAUAAAGAAAGCAGCCAUCACAAAUUCAUCAUUAGACCACCCUAAGGAGGCACAAUCUAUUGAGCAUGCUGAUGAUAAAUAUCUUGGGAAGGGUGAUCAAGCAGAUAGCAAAAGCAUUGAUUCUUCUAGAUCUACUGAAGAAGAAGAAGAUGAUGAGGAUGAUGUGGAAGCUGCUAGAACUGCAGCAAUUAACCAGGAAAUAAAGCGUGUCUUGACUGAAGUUCUUUUGAAGGUGACAGAUGAGCUAUUUGAUGAAAUUGCAACAAAGGUUCUAGAUGAAGAUGAUCCAACAGUUGAAGUUGAUCAAAGCACAGUCACUUUGAACCAUAAGGUAUCGCCAUCCCCUCCUGCAAUGCCACUUACAAAGGCAACUGCAAAAGUUAUAAUUCCAGCCAAAGCCAAGGAAUCUGAAAAUGAAGACAUUGGUGUAAAAUCCAGUUCUAGUUCACCUGGAGAUGUGUUGGGUCUUGCAAAUUAUGCUACUGAUGAUGAUGAUGACGACGACGACGACGAUGAAAUUCAGGGUUCCAAGGUGCCAAAUUCCAAGAAAAAGGUUACUCUUCAGCAUAUAAAUGAUGUAAAGACUUCAGAAGAUGGGCGUGAUGUUGCUGCAAAUGACAACAGUUCUUUUGAACAACCUGAGAAGCAGAGUAGCAGUCCAACAAAGGUGGAGAAUGAUCCAAUCAAAACCAGUUCAAUUGAGUCCAACUAUGGUGACAGUUAUGCCAUUGAUGAUUUUAGUUACAGUAAAAAUCGAAAAAUAGAAACUAAUGGUGAUGAAAAUACACUAGAUGGAACGUCUAAGUCUAAGGAUACCAUAGGCAUAGUUAAAUCUGAACAGCCUGAAAAUAAUGUCAACUUUAAAAAAAUAUCAAAAGAUGAUAAUCAAGGUAAGGAGACUAGGAAGAAACCCGAGAAGAAUGAUCAUGAAGGUAAAAAUAGCUCUAUGGGGAAAAAAUCUCAUAAGGAGGGAGAGAGUGGUAAAAUGAGGAAAGAUGAGAAGGGUGAUGAUAUUCAUAGGAGGCAGGAUGAAAGGCAUGCGAGAAAGGAAAAGACAGAUGAACGGAAUGGCUCUAAAGAUAGAAAUAAAGAGCUUAGUGCUAAACAUGGGGAAAAGGUAAAGGAAUCUGAGUCGAAGAGAAGGUCCUCCUAUCUUGAUGUCAAGGAGGAUAGAAAAGAACCAGAGAGACAGCAUAAAGCUAGUGCCAAAGAUGAAGUUAAUAGAAAAAGAGAACAUGCAAAGGAUAAGGAGGAAGACAGAUCAAGACAUAAACUUGGAAGUGAUGCAAGCAGGCACAAGAGAAGACGCUCUACUUCAAGUAGUGAAGCUUCUGAUGAUUCUAAGAGGAAAUUGCAUUCAAGGAAACAUAACUCAUCACCAUCGCCUGUCAAGUCUAGGAGAAGACAAGUUUCGCGGUCUCCACAUAGCAAGCAUUCUCAGCGCAGGCAUUCUCCCUACUCUUCUCUUGAUACCAACAGGUAUGUUGCUCUGAAAUCUUUAAGAUUGUCUUAUAUUUUUGAGACAUACCCAACUCAGGUGAAAGUGCAGAGCUUCUGUGUUCUUCAGUUGUACUUGUUGACUGGCCUAUUAACUAUAAUAAAUGUCUUUCAAAUGGGACUUUGGUCGAUUUGGUUAUCUGGGUUUCUGUUGAUUCUUCUCUCCCUCUAUGCCACUCAGAGGUUACCUCCUCUCAGGGGACGGAUCAUGAAACCAGCACAUAGUAAAAAAGGUCUGCAUUAUUUGGUCAAUCCAAAAAUUACCAUAUUCUCGGCUCCUAGUGCUUUUAAUGGUUCUACUGGGGCUAGACAGAGUCUGGCAGUUCGUUCUUGGCUUGCUUUGAGCCCCCAAGUUACUGUUGUUCUCUUCAGUCAAGACCCUUCAGUUUUAACUUUUGCAGGAGAUUUUGGUUCCCGGGUUUUGGUUGAAACCAACAUUGAUUUCACGUUCCUUGGUACCCCAUUCUUUCAUUCUAUGAUGGCAAGAUCAAAUUCAUUCAAAUCCCAAAUUUCUGUUAUGGUACAUCCUGAGGUUGUUCUUCUUCCUGACUUCAUUUCCACUUUGAAUUUUGCUUAUGAACUUGACCAUGACUGGAUGCUAGUUGCUUUCUUGCGAAAUAUGUCCCACUUCUCAUUCUACUUGGAUAAAGCUGGAAAGCAUUGGCAAAGAGAGGAUAGCAAAUGGAUGAGAACUCAGGAGUUGCAGGAGAUACUUGGUAAGGAUUUGCAGUGGAAUCUCUGCAAGGGCAAAACACUUAUCGCAUGGAACACUGGAGAUCUGCCCUUAUACUCUGGAGUCCUCCCUCCUUUCUUGUAUGGGAAGGGGGUUCACAACAAUUGGGUUGUUAACGAGGCCUUGUCAUCUGAAUUCAGGUUUGUGUUUGAUGCCAGUUGGACCAUCUCAAGCUCUGAUAUGAAUGAUCAGGAGCAUCAGUCUUUGGAGGCAGUUGAAGGUUCCAGUGCUUCUACAUUUGAAAACAGAAACUGGGAAUAUGUUGGAAAUUCUAAUCUUGGGUUGUUAUAUGGAUCCUGGUUAUAUCAUAAAGCUAAUUACUCUAACCUGGUUAAGCUCUUGAAAUGUGAAGGGCAAUAUAUUUUUGUUGACACUACUGAAAACACUGUUUGUCCGUUUGGAUACCGAAGCACACUAAGCUUGUGGAAAGGUAGGACAUCGCACUCCUGGAGGGAAAAAAAAAUUAGUGCUUGUUUUGAUGCUGUUAAUUAUCUGGACAGAAUGUUAGAUUGCUCUUUGAUGGAUCAGACGGUUUCAAAAGAAACAAUAGACUUUCCAUUCUCUUUAGAGACACUUCUUCCAUUAAUUGCAGACAAGAACAAGACAGUUAUUCUCGCAGUUGCUGGAUACAGUUAUAAGGACAUGUUAAUGAGUUGGGUUUGCAGAUUACGUCAUUUGCAGAUCACAAAUUUUAUAAUUUCGGCUCUUGAUGAGGAAAUUUAUCAGUUCUCUGUCUUACAAGGCCUGCCAGUUUUCAGGGAUGUGUUUGCUCCUGGUGACGUCAGCUUCAACAAUUGCCACUUUGGUACAAAAUGCUUUCAGAGGGUGACCAAAGUGAAAUCCAGAAUGGUUCUGAAAAUACUGAAGCUUGGCUACAAUGUGCUUCUCAGCGAUGUUGACAUAUAUUGGUUUGGAAAUCCAUUGCCAUUUCUUUAUUCUUUUGGUCCUGCUUCUUUUAUGGCGCAGUCUGACGAAUACAACCAAAGAGGGCCAAUAAACUUACCUAGGCGCCUGAACUCUGGAUUUUACUUUGCUCGUUCUGAUAAUUCAACAAUUGCUGCUAUGGAGAAGGUGGUGAAGCAUGCAGCAAAUUCUGGAAUGUCUGAGCAACCAAGUUUCUAUGACACACUAUGUGGAGAGGGUGGCUCCAAUCGUGUGGGUGAUAACACAUGUGUAGAACCUGAAACAAAUCUGACCGUCCAUUUCUUGGACAGAGACCUUUUCCCGAAUGGUGCAUAUCUAGACCUUUGGCAGAGAAAAAAUGUAAGAGCCGCCUGUGAAAAGAAGGGCUGUCUUAUUCUCCACAACAAUUGGAUUAGUGGAAGACAGAAGAAGUUAGAACGCCAGGUGCUAUCAGGGCUAUGGGAUUAUGAUAUUAGCACAAGGAUGUGCCUGCAAAGUUGGCACUAAUCCAAAUGGAUAAUAUAAUCAAUUUUUCUUUUGUUUGGUGCUUUCAUAUCUUCCAUCAGUGUGCUUCCAAAUAGUAGGAAAUGA